CCUCCCUUUUCCGGUGAGGUAUUCAAGCUUAGAGAUUCAUACCUAUGGGUGUGUUCAUACAUUCGCUGCAUUGGUAAGCAUUCCCAGAAUGCACUUUGGAGAGGUAAGUUAGAUCAAGUUACAGCACAACAGCGUCACAAACUACAGGAAAACACCUGACAGUGUCUCUACAGGUCUGUCCCUCAUUGCCCAGCUCCUUUUAUCUGACCCGAUAGCUGUGGCUCGGGAAGAGAUAUGUCACCUAUUUUUGUUUGAGUCCACUUAUAUUGGAUGUAAUCAGGCAGCAGAUCUGGCUGGUUUGUUGAAAUGAAUGCGGGCGAGUUACCCUCUAUUGUUCAAAUUGGUGCAGGAAGGUCUUGCUCCAGGGCUGAAUUUAUCUCUCUAUUGAAUACCUACAACUGCUUUCUCAAAGACAAAACACAUCUGCAGCUCACUGCUCAUGAGAGUGCAGGACAGGUGACAUUUGAAGGACUACUUGUCAUCUCCUGGGGGGUGAAGAAACCUAUUCAACUAAAAAUACAAGAUGAGAUUUUUCCAGGCGAGUCUUCAAUCAAAUCACCCGACCCCAUCAGUCCACUUGGAAGCAAAAGGGGUAUGACACGCUGGGGAGAGUUUGAUGAUCUUCAUCAUAUUGAUGAGCUAACAGAAGUUAUUCAAGAUGGAUCCAAACCUGACGAUCCUAAUGAAGAUUACAUUGAAUAUGAAAGCAAGACAUUAAGGCCUUUUCGGCAGAAGUCAGCCAGUGAUGACAGUUCAAAUCUGUUUCGAACCAUGAGCGAUGCCUCACUCGUGAAAAUGAGGGUGAAGAGUAAGAGGAUGACAGAGAGACAGAUGAACAGAAACUAUCGCUUCUCCAUCAAUGGACACUUCUACAACUACAAGACGUCCAUUUUCACACCGUCAUUUGGAGCAACAACAAAUGUCCACAUUGACAGCAACAUGACAACACAGGAAGUCAUAACUCAACUGCUUCACAAAUUUAAAAUAGAAAACAGUCCAAAUGAAUUUGCCCUCUACUGUAUUCAUCAAAGUGGAGAGAAAAGAAAGCUCAGUAGUACGGACAUGCCAUUGUGGGAACGGGUUUUACAAGGACCAUCGAGCAGCAUUAUGAAAAUGUUUCUCAUGGACAGUGAUGAACAGGAAGUUAGCCUUGAUGUAGCUCAAUACCUCAAUUUAGAGUUGCCCAUUUUAAGAGUAGUUCUGCAGAAACUGGAGGAGCAAGAGAAUCAAGAAAUACAAAGGAUAAUAUCAAAAUACGAACAUCAACGCAAUAUUAUACUGCAAUGCUUACGUCAAAAGUUGCCAGUUAAGACUGAGACAACAGUAUGAAUAAAGACUUUGUGAGAUUGUGGAUAAUACCGAGUGAAAACGUUUCCAAUUGAGUGAAAACAGAUGUGGAAAAGAAUGACAUCACUGCAGGGAUAUCGACUUACUGAAGAAUGCCAAUCUGAGAUGCAUGUAGGAUAUUAUAAUGCUGUUUUACUCUUACUGUAUGUGUAAUGUAAAUAUUGUAACAUAUUUUUACUUUGUUGUAAUUAAAUAUUUAUCAUGCAAUGGACCAAAUAAAUAAGUUUAUUUGUCAA